AUGGAUAGGUGGAAGCAAGUUUACACAUUCAAGGUGUAUCCAAUUAAUGGUAAGUCAAUGUGGCCAAGAUCUCUACUGCCAACAACAAUCACACCACCAUAUUACCAUAAGUCUGUUGGGUGGCCAAAAAAAGCAAGGAGGAAAACAACCUCAGAGUUAGAGGACAUCACAGAGGGUCGGAGACUAAGGAAGGUUGGUACAUCAGGUACUUGUGGCAAGUGUGGUAAUACAGUGCACAACAGCAGGUCCUGUAAUGGUAGGUCAGAGGCUGUCCCAACUCAGCAAACUAGUGCUAAGUCCAGUAAACUUGGUGUUGGAUCAACAAAAGGGCAAAAAGGGAAAAAGCAUUAUGCUGGAAGUAGCGAAGGUCUGAAAGGGAAGAAGGAUGUCCAAAAGCAGAAGGCUUGUCGAAAGUGUAAGGGGAUAGGUCAUAACAGUAGAACUUGUCAAGGCAAUAAGGUGUAG